CAACACCCCAACCUCCAUAAACCCACUUCCCCUCUCUCCUGUAUUAAUCAUACGCCAUGUUCAAAGCAAAGCCUCUUCCUCCCAAGCUUAAUUAUCCGCCGAAUUGAAGCCACCGCCUAGGGUCGACACAGGUGAUAUUAUGGAUCCGAAGGCGUUCGCCAAGCUGACUAAGAAGCUUUCCAAGGAGCCCAGGAAGAAGAAGGAGGAGGGGUCUUCCUCACAGCCCCAAGUAGGUGCCUUCUUCGAGAAGGAGAAGACCCUUGAGGGUCAAGGGCCCUUAAGGGAGGCCACCACCGUGCAUGCCGGUGCUGACGCCGGAGGCUCCAAGGCGGGGGAGCUCAAGAGGAAGAACGCCGGGAAGGGCUUACAGCCCCCGGAGAAGAAGAAGGUAAAGGGGGACGCCGGACAGAAGGAUACCCCCGUGGUGGUUAUUGACGACCUCCCGGCCGGCCAACCGUCAGCCUCUGCUCCCCUAGAGGAUCUCGUCGAGGGGGCCUGGCCCCUCGAGACUGUGCAUUUCCCAAUCAAAAAGGGAACAGCCAUCAUGCAUGGCACCCUCGAUCCGAGGGAGUUCUUGAAGGGUGCCACUCCUUCGGUAGAUCGGUCCACCCUCAGCCGGUUCGGGGAUGAAGCCCUCGAACUUAAGGCUCUCCAAGCUUCGGCCACUGCGAGCCUGGCCUUCGGGGAACUGGUUCGUAGGGCGGAGCAGCAUCGCCUCGAGAGGGCAAAAUCCGCCGAGGUGACGAGGAAGCUGGUGGCCAAUAAUACCGAGGCCAUUCGGCAGCUGGCGAUUUUGGAGGAGGCCCUCCGGCAGGCGGAGAAGAAAUUGGAGGCAGCCAAGGAGGGAGCCCGGGCCGAGGGGAAAGCUGAAGCCGAGAGGGCCGCUGCUGAGGCCGCCAAGAUAGCCGCCGAGAAGGCUGAGGAGGCUAAAGCGGAAGCUAUCUCUAAGGCCAAGGAAGAGGCGGGUGGCGGCUUUUAUUGCUGACGGCUGGAAGGCCGAAGAGCAGAAGCAGUGGGUGGCCUCAGUGGUGGAGGCUUCUGCCGAUGGCUGGGUGAAGGGCCCCGGGGCAAUGUGGCUUGCCCUGAAGGGGAAGAGUUUUUAUGAGGGGGCUCAAUAUUUCACUCAAGCCCUGUUGUACCGGAAGCUGGCCCGACAUCAUGGUGUGGAUCCGAAGGCCUUCGAACCGGCUUCCUAUGGCCUUCCUCCCUUGCUCCCAGAUGUCAGAAUUCCCCUUCCCGAGGGUGAGGAGAGGCAGCUGCUUGAAGAUUCAGAGCUGGCAAGGUGUGACUCUGAUGAAGAAGAGGCCGGGGAUGACGCGGUCUCGAAGCUGAAGGAAGACGUCGCCAGAGAGGCAGAGACUUAGAGUUAUUUCAUGUGUAAACAUUUGCCAUAGUAGGCUUCGGCUUCGGCCAUGUAUUGUAAACAAACAUCUUCUGUACUUGUAUAUUUCGGUGAUGAAUGUUUUGCCUUCGGGUCUCAUUUUAUUGUAUGAAUGAAUGUAUGUCUUUGCUUCCCUUCCA